AAAAAAUUUGACAUUGACAUUUCCCGCAGGGGACGUGGUCGGUCGGAUCGACGUAUUUUACUGAAAUUAAUUCGAAAUCAAUUAAUUUUGUUAAAGUUUUACCACAAAGGUGUUUUUAUUUAAAAAAUUUAUAGCUUUCUAAUAUUUGACAAUCAAUCAGUGUAGUGUAAGAGUUACAAAUGACGUGAAAUUAUAGUUUCGAAUUCAUCACGUACUCAGAUGUAAACAAAGAGAUUUUUAUGCGAAAAAAUGCGAUUAGAGAUUAGUACAACCAGUGGGCGUUAAUGAGUAGCCUUUUAGUAGGUUUUGUUAAGCAUUUUCGACGAAAAAAGCGAGUCAAAAUGAGUGGAGUGAGUCGCGAUGCGCCUGUGGGGGUCCAGUGUCUUCAGAGCCUGAGUAGUUCCCUAUUCCCUCGCCUUCAGUUCAACAGGCUACUAUUGUACCAGUCAUGCGUGCUGAUGCUGACAUUCUUCACGUACAUGACGUACCACCUCACCCGCAAGCCGAUCUCCGUCGUCAAGAGUGUUCUGCACCGCAACUGCAGUGGGUUCGUGCCUCCGCCGGGAGUCGACCCGGCCGACGACAAUUGGUGCGACUGGCCGCCGUUCAACACGACUGACGCGAAUACUCUGCUGGGCGCUCUGGACUCAGCAUUCUUGUUCUCGUAUGCGGGCGCCAUGUUUGUUUCUGGCAUGGUGGCUGAGCGCGUGGACCUCAGAUACUUUCUGAGCCUGGGCAUGCUGCUCUCGGCAGCUUGCUGCUACAUGUUUGGCGUCGGCUACACUUAUGGCGUGCACAGCAUCGCGUACUAUCUGCUGGCUCAGGCGGGGGCGGGCAUAGCACAAACGACUGGCUGGCCGGGCACGGUCGCCAUUGUGGGCAAGUGGUUCGGCAACUCGAAAAAAGGGCUCAUCUUCGGGAUAUGGAACUCGCACACUUCACUCGGGAAUAUAUUGGGCGCGCUCUUAGCAGCAGAAUACGUGGAAACCAACUGGGCGUUGUCAUUUAUAUACCCAGCGCUGGUGAUGGGUGUGGUAGCACUCUUCGUAUUCCUGUUCCUACCGCCAGAACCGAAACAUGUGGGCAUCGUGCCGAGUUCGCCACCCAGUACGAGAGACUCGUUGGAGUGUGUAGAAACCAACUGGGCGUUGUCAUUCAUAUACCCAGCGCUGAUGAUGGGAGUGGUGGCGCUGUUUGUGUUCCUGUUCCUACCGCCAGAACCGAAGCACGUGGGCAUCGUGCCGAGUUCGCCGCCUAGUACGAGAGACUCGCCGUCUAGACAGUCCCGGUCUGACGACGAAGAAGACCCGGAGCCCGCUCAAGUGAUAGUCGGUGAUCAGACGGCGAGCCUCCGGCCUAACAGGCACUCGGCCAACAACCCACCGUACUCAUCAGAAGACGCCACAGAAAGCACAGCGCUGCUUUCUCGUCGUCCGUCCCACUCGCACGGCAGUAGCGCCGUCUCGCUCUCGCGCGCGCUAUCCAUACCGGGCGUGAUGGAGUUCUCUCUCUCUCUCUUCUUCGCGAAGCUCGUCAGCUAUACAUUCUUGUAUUGGCUGCCUAUGUAUAUUAAGUCUAGCACGCACCUAACCCCCAAGCAGUCAGCGGAUCUAAGCACAGUGUUCGAUGUCGGCGGCAUCGUGGGCGCCAUCACAGCCGGGCUGCUGGCCGACCGCAGCCGCAGCCCUGCUACUGUGUGCGCGGGGUUCUACGUGCUGUGCGCGCCCGCGCUACUGGUGUACCAGCGCUGGGGCGCAACAUCGUACGGAACCAACGUGGCGCUGCUAGUGGUAGGCGGCGCCUUAGUCAACGGGCCCUACGCGCUCAUCACCACAGCAGUUAGCGCCGAGCUAGGUACCCACAGUUGCUUAGCAGGCAACGCACAAGCUUUAGCCACGGUCACAGCCAUCAUAGAUGGCACUGGAAGCGUCGGCGCGGCGCUGGGACCAAUGUUGGCAGGCGUGGUAUCGUCGACAGGCGACUGGUCGCGCGUGUUCUACAUGCUCAUCGCAUGCGACGCGCUGGCGUUGCUCCUACUGCUCAGGUUAGUGCUGACGUCACAGCCGGGCGUGUGA